UUGGACCCGCUUUGGUAUAAGUACGGAGUGAUGACCUUUGCCUUCGACGCCCUCUCUUUGGCCACUGAUUUCUAUACAAACGUUGAGAUUCCCAUCGAUUCCUUCUAUUACUACAACUCUCUCAUCAAAUUAGGCCGACGUUAUUGUGCGACCGUUCGUCUUUCAGAAGUACUGCUUAUUGGUUCCCAAUUGGAUGCCAUUUGUGAUCACAAAUAUUCAGCGCAAACAAAGCUAAACAACGCUUCUCUGUGUCUGCAAUCAACGCAUUACUCAUCGGAUUCGAUGCCUGUAUUUACCGGCGAUUCUUCUGAGUCCACAACUACUUGUGAAGUGAAGCAUUCAAUAGAUGGACAACACAUCCCUCAAACUGAUCCAGAAAUUGAUAUAAAGUCAACUCAAUGUUCAUCUAAUUUGAAUUCCUCGAUACGCGAAGAUUGUGAACACAAACACUCCACUAAUCCCUGGGAAAUGAAGAGAAGAUUGAGAAAUAUUGAUAAUUCUUUGUCUGAUUCUGAAGAUUAUUCUUCCAAUAGAAAGAAGCCGUCAUUUGAUUUGCAGACAUUGAUCGAUGAAAAUAGUUUUCGAGAAAUACUGGAUUUAGUCAUAACGUCGAUUGAAAUUGAUUUCUAUAAGCUUUUGUUGGAUGAAAACGACGCCAAAUACAUAAUAAAGCAAAUAAAAGGCGUUCACAUGAAUUGUCUCGAGACCUAUGCUUCCCAUGUAUUGAAGCCGAGAAUUGAGGAAUUAAUGGGCGAAACGUCACAAGAAAUUGUCGACAAUUAUCCCAAUUAUAGACUCUUAAAGUUUAAAUUAGUUGAAAAGAUUGCGAGCCUUGAAGUGGAGCUCAAAGAAUAUGAAGACGCCGUCAAUACAUGUCUUAAUAUUACUGCUUAUCCAACCUAUACUUAUGGCGAGCGUCUCAUCGUUUCAAACCUCAUCGAUAAGCUAUGGAUUGAAUUCAAUCAUAACUAUAUGGAGUGUUCGGACGUUUCGGCAUCGGCUCUGUCGCAAGCCUUAACCCCUCCCAGACCUCAAGCUAUGAAAGCUUUAGCCCCGAAGGCUCCCAAACAGAAAGCCUUUAAGAAUGAAGAGAUGAAUGAUUACGUAACGGCUCUCACAAACAAAUUGUACGACGAGUUAAAACCCGAUCAAAAGACGGCAAAACUUUUUGAUAACGAUUCAGAAAUGCGUUCGUUUUCAAUGUCGGACUUGAACUCAACGGCCACUGAAAAGGCAGUCGAUUCUGAUAUUAUAGUUGUGGACGUCUACUCCAAAGACAAACCCAAUCCAAACCCGACGCCCACUAAGCGUAUGACGCGUUCAAAAACAAAGCUCAUUGAAAAUGUUGAGAAACCACUGAAGACCACAAAGAGAAGGGCUCUGUCCUCAAAAAGCAAGCCUUUGAGUGAUGUGUCAAACGAUGUCAAAGAUGUGAAUAUAAAUUGUGAGAAUUUGGACGACGUUUUUCACCAAAAACUCGUCAUUUCAGAUGAGGUCAAAGUUGUUAAGAAGUUCUCGAAAGAGGAUUCGUAUGACUUGUCGUCAAUCAUAUCAACACUUAAGCGAAUAUUUCGUUUGGUGUCUUCACACCCGAGU